AUGUCAAUUCAACAAGUUUUUGUAAUUAGUCGAGCCGGGAGUUUAAUUUACGACUGGGAACUGAAAGCUGAAGCGAUCGAAAUUGAAAAACUCUUCGAAUAUCCACUGGGAAUAAUAUUGGAGGAGAUAGAUUCAAAAGCCGUGGUCGCGUUUGGUGAGCGUGAUGGUAUUAAGCUAAGAUAUCAUGUCUCGGCUAUAAAUGGUUGCCCUGUGAUGGGAACGAGGUUCACUACAGAAGACACCAAAGAGGAGAAGAAUGUCCUUAUACAUGUGGAGGAUGCCAAAAACUACCCAAUGACUAUCAAGUUUUCUGCACCCUCAAUCACAACAAAUGAGAAGAUCAUAUUGUCGUCCAUGUUCCAUUCUCUCUUUACCAUUGCUGUUCAACUCAGUCCCGUUAAUAAAAGCUCAGGAAUCGAGGUACUAGAAACCUCUCAUUUCCGUCUAUGCUGUUUACAAAGUAGAACCGGUGUUAAGUUUGUAAUAGUGACUUUGGCAGGAUCCACUGUUCCAGUAGAGUCUAUUCUUAAUAAGUUGUACGAACUAUAUUCUGACUUUGCUUUAAAGAACCCCUUCUAUGCAAUCGACAUGCCGAUCAGAUGCCAAAAAUUCGAGGAUGGUCUGAAAGCUUUGUUAGAGAAAGUCGAUAAAAGCACAGGUGCUGUUGCAAUAUGA